CCCUCCGCCGUCAGCUGCCGCAGCGCCGCAGGGGGGCAGCCCGCGGGGGUCGCCGAGAGCUGGGAGAGCACCAGGGAGGACGUCCUGCAGGUCCACUCCGUGACAGCUGAUGAGAUUGGUGACUGAGAGGAGCCACCAUGUCCUACACCGCGGGAUUCGGGGGCGACCCUGCCCAGCUGGCUCAGCGCAUCUCUUCCAACAUUCAGAAGAUCACACAGUGCUCUGUGGAGAUUCAGCGAACCCUGAACCAACUUGGAACACCUCAAGACUCACCCGAAUUGAGGCAACAGCUGCAACAGAAGCAGCAGUACACAAACCAACUUGCCAAAGAAACAGAUAAGUUCAUAAAAGAAUUUGGAUCUCUGCCCACCACCCCAACUGAACAGCGCCAAAGGAAAAUUCAGAAGGAUCGCCUUGUGGCAGAAUUCACAACCUCCCUGACAAACUUCCAGAAGGUCCAAAGGCAAGCUGCCGAGAAGGAGAAGGAUUUUGUUGCCAGAGUCAGAGCCAGUUCCAGGGUGUCGGGUGGUUUUCCUGAGGACAGUUAUAAAGAAGGGAACCUCGUUUCCUGGGAAAGUCAAACUCCAUCUCAAGCUCAGUUGCAAGAUGAAGAUAUCACAGAUGAUGACCUCCGCCUUAUUCAUGAAAGAGAGUCUUCCAUCAGGCAACUUGAAGCAGAUAUCAUGGACAUAAAUGAAAUAUUUAAGGAUUUGGGAAUGAUGAUCCACGAACAAGGAGAUGUAAUAGAUAGCAUAGAAGCCAAUGUAGAAACUGCUGAAGUUCAUGUGCAACAAGCAAACCAGCAGUUAUCAAGAGCAGCCGAGUACCAGCGCAAGUCCCGAAAGACCCUGUGCAUCAUUAUUUUAGUGCUUGUCCUCGGAGGAGUGAUUCUUGGGCUGAUCAUCUGGGGAACCUCGAGAAACUGAUGUCAUGUUAAUGAUACGUGAUGUAGGAAAACUCCUACGGUUAUGGUUUUUAAUCAUUGUAAAGCUGAACUAAUGGUUUCUUGACCUGUCAUCUCUGGAAGAGGAGGCUUCAUUUGGUUAAAAGAAAAUGUUUUCUAUUAAGUGGGUUUUUCUAAGUAAUUCCCGUGCUCUCAAACUUAUUCACUCCUGAGUUCUUGACAGUACUGAAUAUGCUGUUCGUCUGUAAAUUAUCAACUUUGUUGACCGGUAAGCUUAGUUUAUAGAAUUGGAAACUUGAAACUAUAUUUCGUGCAUAGAGAUCUCAACUGCAUUACAGGGUAGGCAUGCUCUUAAAAGCUUGCUUCCUCAACAAAAGCCACUUCCAAUUUAUUUAGUCCAGUGAAGGAAAAGUCAGCAAAUGAAAUUAGUUGAGAGUCCUCUCCACUGUUGCCUGAUUAAACUUUAGAUCGAAACUUUAGGUUGUGGACUUAAUCUUUAAUGGCUGGGACCCUCUCUUGACAACUAUAUUGAUUUGGAACAAUUUCUUAUAAUAAUCUGCUUUGAUAAGUAGCCACCAGGCAUACACCUGCAGUGAGACUAGUUGGUGAUAACAUAGGCCAUAUUUAACUCUUUUAAAAAAUGUGCAUUUAUUGGGAAAAGUGUAGUCUUUGUCAAUAUUAACCAUGCGUUUGGGGGAAGAUUUUGGAAAAAACCCUAGUACUUGGAUUCUAGACGUUUCACUUUGCUGUUACGGGGGACCUAUUUGGAGCAUCGCAACAGGUUAAAUGACGUUUGCAUGGAGUUUCGCUGGCAAGUGGGUUGCGUUCAUGGGUCAAGAGUUGCCGUUGAAAGAAGUGGAUUGGCUAGGUGGUGCUAGUUGGGUUCUUUGGGGAAAUGGAGUCCUUGGGGCUGUUAACCUUGAAUGUUUCGUGUUGGUACUGAUUUUUUACUGGCCGUUCGAGGGAGGAUCGAGCAUUUCCGCCAAUUGACCUGUAUGUCUUUUUAAUCAAUGUUGUUUUAGUGCACUAAUCUAAAAUUCUGUAAAGCAAAGAAUUGCAAUUAAACGUAUGAAUUUUAUAAUGUUCUGUACAGAGGUUUGAUAGUAGAUGCACUGUUUACAUGCCUGCUGUGAAACCAUAAUUGUGAGCAGAGAAAAUGUAAGCAAUUUAAUGAUAUGUAACUAUGCAGUUAAAAUAAAGGUGAUUUUAAAACUGU